CUUCUCAAUCCACCGAAUAACUUGACAACCUCUGUUUACUUGUUUCCCUAGCCCUUUCAAUCUCUUCUAUGGCUUUUCUUCGCUUGAAUUGGACUGAUUUCCUUCUUCUACGCCGCUCUCAUGCAUCAAAAUGACAGGUACAAUCUUGCUCCCAGGUACCUAUCAGGUAACCUCACUUUCACGGACCCCAUUUGCCAUUUCUCUGUCCUCUUUUUCAAUGGUGGCAAUAAUUCGAAGCAGUGCUGGCUGUCAGGUGAACAUUCUGUGACAUACUAUGGCCGGUCCGUUAAGAUAUCUUCGUAUCUAAUUGCUGGUGGAGUUUAUUAUGGGUAUCUCAACGAUUUCAAGAAUGACCCCCACGCCUUCAAGGAUAUGAGUCAACAAGCAUAACUACGGCUCUGGAGCAAUCAUGGUUCAACCUUAAUACGAAAGCGUACGAAGACAACCUCCGACGGGGCCCUAUAUCCGAAGCC